ACUGACAGUCUAUCUUCAAUACCAGAACUCUGUAGCCUUGAAUCUUAUGUGGACGACUCCAAAGAGUAUCUAUCCUUCUCACUACCGAUUUUGGACUCUUCUUUAUCAACUAUGGAAGACGACUUGCAUAGAGUGUUCGAAUGGUGUUGCAAGAACAGCUUACUGAUAAAUCCAGACAAAACUAAAACGCUGGCAGUUGGAUCACAACAGUUGCUUCAACAACUGGAUCAUGCAUGUCCCUCGCAUUAA